AUGAAUCAGGAUGAUUUUCGAAAGCUGCUAGCUACCCCUAGAAGUGAAACCUCAGAGUUAGAUAGAUUACCAAAGAGAUCCCAGGGUCCAUCAUUUGGCAGGCGGCAUCCUAGAUUGCCUACAUCGCUACCACCUAGAUCGAUCGCUAAAAGACAUUCAAAUGUAAAGCCUAAUUUCAAAAAGCCUUCCUCUUCUUUGGUGACUGAAGCAAAAAAUUCGGUGGCCGAUGAACCUGAAACACUCUCUGAAAACGAUCGUCUUGUGCAAGAUUUACGAGGUAAGCUUCACCGGGGCGAAAUCACAGGAGAUGAAUUCUCGAAAAGAACUCAAGAAUUAGGCGGAGAUCUGUCAACCACUCAUCUCGUUCGGGGUUUAGAUCGUAGACUUUUACAAAAAGCGAAGUAUCAGCAAAUUGAGCCUGAUAUUCCUCAGUUUAUGGAGAAAGAACCAAAGGGAUCCAGUCCAAUAAGAAAUGAAGAACAAGAUGAUAAUCUCCUUGAAGAAUUGGCAGAAAAAACAAGCAAUGCAGAUCAACAACCUUCUGAAGACGCAUUGGUAAGCUCGACAAGCACAAGUGUACCAGUAUAUCCUAAUGGGCGACCCAAGUACCGAAGGACUGUUGAAGAAGGAAAGAAAGUAAAGUAUGAACUUGCUGAAAACGGUAGUGUUUUGAAGCGACUGGUAAAAAAGGAGAAAAAGAAGGCUCCAUUAGAGAUGACGAUUGCUUCCUCCGAUGAUAAAGCACCACCUUUUAAAGAAAAAACGGAGAAAGAAAUAGUUCCUUUACCGAAGGUUGAUACAGAUGCUGACAUAUUUGAAGAAGCUGGAGAUGACUACGAUCCAUUCCACGACAGUGAAGAUAACGACAACUUUGACCCAAAACGUCUAAAACUAGAUGUUGAGGAUAAAAAACCGAAAAGCAAUGAAUUCAGUAAUUUUAGUGGGAAGCUUUUUGAGAAUGCAGAAGAUACUGCUCGGGAUAGUCCCAAAGAUUUUCGACAACAAAUCCAGCAUUUGGCAAGCCUGCAGAGUCGAAGAGAAAAUGAAGAUUUAAAGAAGCACGAAAACAAAAAGAAAGUGGAUGCGGGUUUUGGUUUGACGUUAUCAAAAGACGAUACUUGGGACAUUUCUGAUGCGGAUGAAUCUGAAGAUGAUGAAGAUGGAGGAAAAAAGCGAAAGAAUAAAAAGUAA